AUGGAGGGAGAGACUGCGAGGAAGAGGAAGAUGCCCCAGGACACCCAGAUAGAGAAGGAGCUGAGGAUGGAGACCAGGGAGGACAAAUCCCCACGGCAGAACCUGGAGGAAGAGGCCGUUUUGAGCAGCUCCAUGACACAGGAAUUCAAUGGGGAGGAUAAUCCCCGGAGAUUCCACAGGAAGAGGGGCUCCAAAUCCAGCCCAGGGUGCGCUGAGGAGGAAAGACCCGCCCUGAGCCAUGAAGGCAAACAGAGCUUCAGCCAGAGCUCAGAGCUGGUGGUUCGUGAGCAGCUUCAUGAUGGGGAGAAGCCCUAUCAGUGCUUGGAGUGUGGGAAGAGCUUCAGGCAGAGCAGCACCCUGAUCAGCCACCAGAUGAUCCAGACCUGGGAAUGGCCCUAUGAGUGUGGGGAGUGUGGGAAGGGCCUCAGUUACAGAUCCACCCUUGUGACCCACCAACGCAUCCACACCGGGGAGAGGCCCUAUGGCUUCAAGUGCAAGUCCCACCUCAUCAUCCACCAGCGCAUCCACACUGGGGAGAGGCCCUACGAGUGUCCUGAGUGUCAGAAGAGGUUUCAGCCCAGCUCAAAUCUCCAUCUGCAUGAGUGGAUUCAUACAGAGGAGAGGCCCUUCUGCUGCCCUUACUGUGGGAAGGGAUUCAAGCAUAAGUUCACCCUCAUCAGGCACCAGUGCAUCCACACAGGGAAGAGGCCCUUCGAGUGCCCCCAGUGUGGGAAGAGUUUCACCCAGCGCUCUGACUUGACCAAUCACGAAUGGAAGCACCG